CAUAAACCCAUGCCAAUUUAUCAUUAUCUAUGAAGGCCCAUCACAAGGGGUAGUGCGUGCUUCACACAGACACGUGCCCGCUCGCGCACAGAAAAGACGUAAUUUUCAUCCACCCCUGUUCCGUCCCUCUUCCUCCCAUCUAUCAUUCCUUCAUAAUGAGCAGCUCAGAAACGAAGGCGGUUCCAAUACCAGUACCGGGAGCCAAAGCAUACCUUCCUACUCCCUCGCCGUUGUCGCUCAGCACCGAAAGUAAGGCAAUGGCUUCCAUCGCACCAAUUCUAGAGGGCUUCACCCCCAAAACAUCCGCCUCCGAGUCCAACCAGUCAACGUCCGAGGUUCUCGGCCUCAGGGAUACGCCACCCGGCUCGGUGAGCUCAGGGAGCUCGUCCGCGUCGCUCGCACGGCGCAAGUCCGUUGGUACAGCGCCGAAGUUGCCGAAGGUCGGCACCAUCGGCGUCUGCGCGAUGGACGCAAAGGUGCUUCUGAAGCCGUGCCGGCAGAUCCUCAACCGGUUGAUUGCAAAUGGCGAAUUCGAAACGGUGAUUUUUGGCGACAAAGUGCUCUUUGACGAGGCGAUUGAGAACUGGCCCACGUGUGACUUCCUCAUCUCGUUCUUCAGCACGGGAUUCCCGCUAGACAAGGCGAUCAGCUACGCGAACCUCCGCAAGCCAUACCUCCUCAACGAUCUCGUGUUGCAGAAGGCGUUGUGGGAUCGGCGGUUGGUGUUGCGGAUUCUCGACCAGAGCGGUGUGCCAACGGCGCCACGGCUCGAAAUCAGCCGUGACGGCGGACCACGAGUGGACAGGCUUCUCCAUGAAAAACUUGCGGCUCUUGGUAUUGACGAUGCCGAGGUGCCGGAGCCGCAGUGGGAGAUGCUUGACGAGGACACGCUCUGCGUCGACGGACAAAUUUUGAGCAAGCCGUUUGUGGAAAAGCCGGUGGACGGCGAGGAUCACAACGUGUAUAUCUAUUACGCGAAGGCAAACGGUGGUGGUGGGAGGCGUUUGUUUCGCAAGAUUGGCAACAAGUCGUCGGAGUUUGACCCCACAUUAUCGCACCCGCGCACAGAUGGGUCCUAUCUUUACGAAAAGUUCAUGGAUACUGACAACUUUGAGGAUGUCAAGGCGUACACUGUGGGCGAACAGUUUUGCCACGCAGAGACGCGCAAAUCGCCGGUGGUUGACGGGAUUGUGCGGCGUAACACACACGGCAAGGAGAUUCGGUACAUUACCAAACUUUCGCCUGCGGAGCAGAGCGUGGCGCUGCGUAUUUCCCGCGCGUUCGGACAGACGAUCUGUGGCUUCGAUCUCCUCCGUGUGAACGGCAACUCCUAUGUCAUCGACGUGAACGGGUUCAGUUUUGUAAAGGACAACGAGGCGUACUACGCAAAUUCUGCCAAGAUUCUCCGCGAGUUGUUCCUCCAGAACCGCAUGGUGCGCAAAACGUCUGUCAAGUUACCGCUGCAGAUUGAGGAGAAGAAGCAAAAGUGGGUGUUCAAGGGAAUGGUGAGCAUCAUCCGCCAUGCCGACCGAACCCCUAAACAGAAGUUCAAAUACUCAUUCCGCUCACCGUUGUUCAUCGGCUUACUUAAAGGACACUGCGAAGAGGUUAUCAUCCGCGCGGUCGAGGACUUACAGGUUGUGCUUGCCACCGUGCAGGUAGCGCAGCGUGAGGGCGUGGAGGACGCGGCAAAGUUGGCGCAGUUGCGUCGUGCGUUGGAAAAGAAGAUGGACUUCUUGGGCACCAAGGUACAGUUGAAACCAUCGUUGAACAAGGAGACUGGGGAAGUUGAAAAGGUGCAAUUAAUCAUCAAGUGGGGUGGGGAACCAACUCACUCCGCCCAGUACCAGGCCACCGAGCUCGGCGAGCAGAUGCGUCAGAACAUCCAGUUGUUGAACAAAGAUGCGCUCAACGACGUGAAAAUCUUCACAUCGUCUGAGAGACGUGUCGUUGCUUCGGCGCAGCUCACCGCAUGCUCGUUUCUCGACGAGGAGUGUCUCCCCGACGACUUUCUCAUCAUCCGCAAGGACCUCUUGGACGACUCCAACGCGGCCAAGGACCUCAUGGACAAGGUGAAGAAGAAGUUAAAGCCACUCUUGCGUGAAGGGAAGGAGGCACCGCCCCAGUUCGCGUGGCCACCCAAGAUGCCCCAGCCGUUCGUCGUCAUCAAGCGUGUCGUCGAGUUAAUGUGCUACCACCGCAAGAUCCUCGAGACAAACUUUGCGAUCAAGAACGUAGAGGAGUUCCAGAAGGUGUGGUGCUGCGGCGAGGACUCGCACUUGUUCCGCGAACGUUGGGACAAGUUAUUCACCGAGUUUGCCAACAUCGACAAGGUCGAUCCGUCCAAGUGCAGCGAGUUGUACGACACCAUGAAGUACGACGCGUUGCACAACCGCAAGUUCCUCCAGGCUAUCUUCGAUCCAGGUGAGGAGGCUCAGGACGACUCCCAGUGCCUUGUCAGCGAGUACCCUAUCAACAUCUUGGCUAUGAACAACUUCAAGAUUCCUGAUAGUUCCACCAGUGUCGCGUCGGCCUCGUCGGUGGGUUCGCUUGGCUGGGUCUUGAGCAGCGGCAACAAGCUGACCGCUCGUCCGGAUGGCAACUCGCCGUUUGAUGACCCAAAAUUCAGUAACUUGCGCGAGCUCUACCGUUUGGCUAAGGUCUUGUUUGACUUUGUGUGUCCGCAGGAGUAUGGGAUUGAGGACGAUGAAAAGUUGGACAUUGGCUUGCUCACGUCUUUACCGUUGUCCAGGCAGGUUUUGAACGACAUCACCAACAUGCGCGAGACAGACACUCCUGGCUGCGUGUGCUACUUCACGAAGGAGUCGCAUAUCUACACGCUUCUCAACGUGAUCUACGAAUCGCAGAUCCCGAUGAAGGUCGAGCGCAAUGCCUUGCCCGAGUUGGAUUACCUUUCGCAGAUUGUGUUUGAGUUGUACGAGAGCGCGGAUGAUGACAGCGGCGUGAAGAAGCACUCUAUCCGGUUGGGCAUCAGCCCGGGCUGCCAUACCCAAAAUCCGUUGGACAUUGAUCUUGAUGCGAAGCACUACAUCGGGUGUAUUCCGAAGAUUUCGUUGACCAGACACUUGGAUAUGGAUCUCGUGACGCAGAAGUUGAAGAGCAGGUUUUCGAGGGUAAGCUUACCGAAGAAAUUUACUCCAGUAAAUAUUUCGAGCCCGUUGAUCCAGGGGAAGGGCUAAGCCAUUCAGAACUUGCAAGGUUAUACCUGGGAGGGCAUAGGCGUAGCCAGCUAGCAGAGCUUGUCUUAACAUUUUAUUUUUUCCAUUUAUUUCGAUACAUGUAAUCAUUUAACUAAGGUAUAGCGACGUAUACAUGCCUGGGUGUGGCCGACGGAGUGCUGAUCACUCGGUUGUCUCCUGCCGAAUUACAAGUUACAAAAGCAUGUGUGUCCAAUUAGAUCACAUUUUACUCCUUAU